UAAUCAUCUCUCAUAUUCACAUUCACAUUCAUCAUCUUCAUACGUCGACCUCUCUCUCUGGGAAGAAAGAACAAAGCAAUGAGUUCAAUGAUGGAGACUCUCCAGAUUCGUAAACCCACUUCUCUACCCGUUUCUCAACGCCCUAACUCCACCACCACCGCCGAAGAUGAGCCUGGACUCAUCCGACGUCGUCUCUCUUCUCUCUCCCUCAACCUCUCUAACCAACCAGCGGCUAUAGCAGCUAGGUUCCCGAGAUCCAAAUCUGUCUCCGCUAUAGGAGAGCAAGCAGGGACCUCUGUGAAAGAAUGGUGGGAAUGGGGUUGGUCGUGGAUCCUUUCAAGAAAACCCAUCUUCAUCAGAGAUCUUGAGCUUAACAAAGACGAAGCUAAAUCUAUUGGUUCUCAAAACAGAGGAAGUAUAAUGCACGUCUUCUUCAAGCUUCGAUCUCAGAUCCGUAACCUCAUGGGAUCUUCUUCCUCUGAUUCUCUUCCUCUUUCUUGCAAAUACAAGCGUCAACGAUAAAAACACAAAUGUUUCUUGAAAGCUUGCUUUCACACAAUAUGGGGGUUGAGAUUUUCGUGAUAUGUCUCUUCUUUUUUACUUUUAUGCAAUGGAGUAUAAUGUAUAAUGUGUUUUUUAUUCACUUCUAAAUUUUAAUGUUGUAUUUUGCUUAGAUCAUUAAUCAAUUUAUUUAUUUUUAUUUGAUGUUUUGUGGCUUGUGCAGUUGUAUUUUUGUAUCUCUUUUAAUAACCAUGCACAUUAUAUAGAAAUCCGUUAUUUUUGUUUUAA